ACUGUAGUACGCGGAGCACGCUGGUACCUGAAGUCUUCCAGAGGAGCACGCCGGGACCCAGGAUUCCUGGAGGCCGGCUCCUCCCCCACCCCGCGAAUGCCGGGAGUUGUGGUCCUCGCGGGCCGCGAGUUCUGAGGCGGCCCAAGAGGCCGCGGGGCAUGCUGGGACUGCUAGCCCUUCCGGGGCGCCUCUGGACUUCGGGUCCCGGUACCCUGGGCUGAUGCCCAAAGACUCCGCCUUCCCAGGAGCCCCUGCGGCCGGGUGCGAAGAUGGCGGCGGCGACUGGGCACUCCUGAGGCGGCUGCGAUGGAGCUUCCCCCUGCGCCGGGGCCGGAGCGGCUCUUUGACUCGCACCGGCUCCCGGGUGACGGCUUCCUGCUCCUCGCGCUGCUGCUCUACGCGCCAGUCGGAUUCUGCCUCCUGGUCCUACGCCUCUUUCUCGGGAUCCACGUCUUCUUGGUCAGCUGCGCGCUGCCGGACAGCGUCCUUCGCAGGUUCGUGGUACGGACCAUGUGUGCGGUGCUGGGGCUCGUGGCUCGGCAGGAGGACUCUGGACUCCGGGAUCACCGCGUCAGGGUCCUCAUUUCCAACCACGUGACACCUUUCGACCACAACAUAGUCAAUCUGCUCACCACCUGUAGCACCCCUCUACUCAAUAGUUCCCCCAGCUUUGUGUGCUGGUCUCGGGGCUUCAUGGAGAUGGAUGGGCGGGGGGAGUUGGUGGAGUCACUCAAGAGAUUCUGUGCUUCCACGAGGCUUCCCCCCACCCCUCUGCUGCUAUUCCCCGAGGAAGAAACCACCAAUGGUCGGGAGGGGCUCCUGCAUUUCAGUUCCUGGCCAUUUUCUAUCCAGGAUGUGGUACAACCUCUUACCCUGCAAGUUCAGAGACCCCUGGUCUCUGUGACGGUGUCAGAUGCCUCCUGGGUCUCAGAACUGCUGUGGUCUCUUUUCGUCCCUUUCACGGUGUAUCAAGUAAGGUGGCUUCGUCCUGUUCAUCGCCAGCUGGGGGAGGGGAAUGAGGAGUUUGCAUUCCGUGUACAACAGCUAUUGGCCAAGGAAUUGGGGCAGACAGGGACACGGCUCACUCCAGCAGACAAAGCAGAGCACAUGAAGCGACAAAGACACCGUAGAUUGCGCCCCCAGUCAGCCCAGUCAUCUUUUCCUCCCUCCCCUGGUCCUUCUCCUGAUGUGCAGCUGGCAACUCUGGCGCAGAGAGUCAAGGAGGUUUUGCCCCAUGUGCCAUUGGGUGUCAUCCAGAGAGACCUGGCCAGGACUGGCUGUGUAGACUUGACCAUCACUAAUCUGCUUGAGGGGGCUGUAGCUUUUAUGCCUGAAGACAUCACUGAGGGAACUCAGUCCCUACCCACAGCCUCUGCCUCCAAGUUCCCCAGCUCUGGCCCGGUGACCCCUCAGCCCACAGCCCUAACAUUUGCCAAGUCUUCCUGGGCCCGGCAGGAGAGUCUGCAGGAGCGCAAGCAAGCACUAUAUGAAUAUGCAAGAAGGAGAUUCACAGAAAGACAAGCCCAGGAGGCUAACUGAGCUUAAAGGAACAGGAUGGCACCCAGAGCCGCAGGACGGAGACUGGGGGCAGCCCCGGCCCAACUCACAACAAGCCGGAUGGGUGGGUGGUAAAAAGGGAGGGAUGAGGCUCCCCCAAGAUCAUAUUAAAUUCAGGGUUUUCACUCAA